CUUUGCCCCACAAUUUUUCUCAUCUGUUGUUAUUUACAUUUUCCUCAAAGAACAAAUAACAAAAAAAUAGAUUAAAUUUUACUAAUCAAAAAUACAUAAUGUUUUAAUAUGUUGUAUUAUUUAUUUAUAAAUAAUAAAAUUUUUUUUAAAAAGUUGUUAUUUACAUAGAUAAGAGAAAUAUUGAAAAAUACUAUUAUGAUAGUAAUCAAAAAUCUACCUGAAACAGUAUUUAAUUUAUUAUUUCACAUGUCAAUUUUAUAAUAAAUAAAAACAGAAUAUCUUCCAAAAUGGAUCAAUUUUCGCCGGAUUUGAAAAUUAUCUUUAGUGAAAUGAGCAAACUGCGAAAGGCAUUUGUCAAUUUGAAAAUUGAACAUGCAACUCUAUUUAAACAAUCGGAGAAACAAAAAUUACAAUUAGACAAAUCCAAAAAUCGUUGCCAAAAAUUAAUGGAUCUAUUUACUGCAAAAUAUAAAAGUAUUAUGGAAAACAACUCUGGUUUAAAUAGUGAAUUAAAUUAUUUGCGACAAGUCGUUGAAGAUUUGCAAACACAGCUUACUAGUCAAACUUCCGAGAUGAAAAAUAAAGAGAAUCUCUUUACUAAUAUGGAAGAAGAGAUGGAAAUACUAAGAGCCAAGUUUGAUUUACAAGCUGAUAAUCACAAGAAGGACGUUGAAAAUAUUUUAAAUCGCAACCGAAUUGAGAAAAAUAGAGAAAUCGCUCAAUAUCAAGUUAAACUUGAUUCUGCAAAUGCCGAGAUCGAAAAACUGAAGGAACAAUUGAAUCAAGAAAUAGAGUUGAAGAACAAAAGCAGAAAAUCAUACAGUAAUCAUCCAGCUUUGAGCGACAAUGAAAAUGACACUCCUCAAAAAAAGUUUUCAGUUAAGAAGAGAAAAAGUCUGGAUAAUAGAUGGCCUAAGUUAAACAUAACUUCAAUAAAAGGAGAGGAAACACUUAAAACUCCAGAGCAACCUAUGAAAAGAAAGAAACUUUUUCUACUCGAUAAUGAUACAAUUGUAGAUUUGGAAACACAGUAAAUAUUCUGUUUUAUAGAAUUCGUAUUUUAAAUGUUACCGUUACCAAAAGAAUCAAGUUAACAAAACUACUAGUGCUGAGCAUUAAGAAAUUUUUAGUUAUAAACAUUAAGACUUUGAUUAAUGAAUAUAUGAAGAAUUAAGAUAACUUCAAAAUCAUUUUUCUAAAGAGUAGUUAACUUGCUUUGCCUGCAUAGUAUUAUGCGAAUUUUAAGUGUUAAUUUUUUUAAAAAAAUAUUGUAUUAUUUAACACGUUACAUAAUAUAUUUUUAUAUUACGAAAACA